AUGUGCGUCCUUCCACCGGAGAUCCUCCAUCAUAUUCUUGGCCGCAUGACUCCCAGCUGGCGAUGGGGCUGGCGCUGGAAAGAUAGGAAAGAGCGGAUGUUCGCCCGCUCAGAUCUAAUUUGGUUUUUGAACUUACGCCUCGUCAAUAAGCAAUUCGACGAUAUCGUGAUCGACCAUUUCCUUGCAGCAAUUAGAGCCGGACUCAUCCGUAGCGACCUUCCUAUUCGCCGCGGGCCGCCGACCUGCUCGACGAUGGCAAUGGGAAGACGAUUACUGUGGUCGGCUGGGUGUCGAAAUCGUGGCCUUCAAGGGUCAGCGACGAGAAGUGUCCACCCACUCAUCAACACUAUCAAUGCGGGGGUGGAUGAGGUUGUUAAGCUUUUCUCGCGGAGGAGCCAAAUGGAACCCGAGGUUCUCCAAAUGACCUAUCUAAAGGGAAUGAUAUCGAUGUUUGUCGGACUGACGGCGAUUAAUUUGAUCGAUGACCUUCGGGCUCAGACGAGGGCUGGAAGAGGGACUGUGAAUCUAGAUGGCCUGGACUCCGAGAAAGAGGGGGAAAGAGAGCGGCGUUGA